AUGGCGGUGACGCGUCGAACGACGCGCGCGGGCGCGCGCGCGCCCGGGACGGGGGCGUCGUCGUCGCGAGCGCCGCGUCCGGCGAUUCGAGCGUCGUCGUCGAGGACGAAGACCGCGUCGAAACGCUCGAGCGCGUGGGCGCGCGCGGAGAUCGGGGGCGCGCGCGCGCGGAGAUCGUGGUUCGUGCGCGUGUGGGCGUUCGAUUGGUCGUCCGCGGGGGCGUCGAAGCGCGUGCGAGCGUUCGCGGUGGUCGUAAUCGCGUGCGCGGCGACGUACCUGCGAGACGUGUACGUUCCGGAGCGCGUGCGCGUGGCCGUGGUCGGAACGCUGCCGGAGUGGGUGAAUGACACGGUUUUGGCGCGAUUGCCGGCGCUGGCGUACGUCCCAGAUAGUGGGGCGCGCGGGGUCAUCGGACGCACGAUGGCUUUGGGAGGCGCAGAGCCGAAGCAUCCGGUGGUCAUCGUUCCUGGAUUCGUGAGCACGGGAUUAGAGCUGUGGCGAGGGCAGGCGUGCGGGGAGCACUUUUUUCGACGCCGUAUGUGGGGGACGCCCGCGAUGGCGCGGGCGUUCUUUAGUAAUCAAAAGUGUUGGAUGGAACACAUGCGACUGGACGCGAAGACGGGCUCGGAUCCGGAGGAUAUCCGUUUGCGAGCGGUUCGGGGAUUAGAGGGCGUGGACUGGUUCGUUCCCGGAUACUUCGUGUGGGCUCGAAUAAUAGAGGAACUCGGAGGGUUGGGGUACGACGCGAACACCAUUCACAGCGCGGCUUAUGACUGGCGGUUGAGUCCACACAUGUUGGAGGUGCGCGACGGGUACUUUUCGCGAUUGAAAUCCGUCAUCGAGACGCUCCACGGAGUGAGCGGCGAGCGCGUGGCUAUUCUCGCGCACUCAUACGGCGACACGGUCACUAGGUAUUUCUUCGAAUGGGUGGAGACACCUGUGGCGAAGGGUGGUGGCGGCGGUGGGAAAAAAUGGGUCGACGCGCACAUUCACGCGUACGUCGACAUUGCGGGUCCGAUGCUCGGAAUACCGAAGACCAUUCCCAGUCUGCUGUCCGGGGAGAUGCGAGACACCGCGAUACUUGGAGAGCUCGAGGGUAUGCUCGGAGGUAUACUCGAAAAUGCGAUGGGACGUUUCAUCGGAAGCCAAAUAAAAGAGGUGUGCGAGACGUUUCGUACGUGGGGCGCGCUUUGGGCGAUGCUCCCGCGAGGGGGCUCGAAAAUUUGGGGCGAUGAGAGGUCAGGCACACCGGAUGUCGAUGCGGCGGGUGACUCGGUUAAUUUCUUUUUGCAGCUCCGAGAGAGCGGCCAGUCGAGUGAGAAGAGCUUCAAUCAUUCAAUCAUGAGUGCGACGAGUCUGUUGUUCGAGCAUCUGGCGGAUUCAGUCCCUCACAACGUCGCCGAGUUUAGCCAUUUCCUCGACGAGGCAACGCGCGCCCGUCUGAAAAAGCGUAUUCCGAGUAUCAAGUCGAAGGUGGCGCCGAAUUUCGGUGAUUCGUUGACGAGCCCUUUACCGCACGCACCGAACAUGAAGGUGUACUGCCUCUAUGGUGUGGGAAAACCAUCCGAACGGGCGUACGCGUACGAGCGCGUCGACGACGCGCUCCGUCCGUAUCAGCUCGACGUCGAUCAAUCUAGGAACGGGGUCUUGACGCGCGGGGUGUGGCAGGUCGACGGCGAUGGUUCGAUACCUCUCGUGUCGCUUGGAUACGUCUGUCGUCACUGGCGAGAUAAUCGAAAACUCAACCCAGCCAAUGUCUCCGUCGUAAGCAGAGAGUAUCAUCACCGCGCACUUCCUCUCGGUGUCGGUGGCUUCCAGGGCAAGACGGAGGGCGACCACGUGAACAUCAUGGGCAACGAAGACAUGAUCGCGGACAUCCUCUCAGUCGUCGCCGGUCGCGCCGAGGACGUGCGAGAGCGCAUCGUCAGCGACAUCGACCAUCUCUCCUCCGUGAUCGACGCCCGCUUCGCCUCAGCCAACCCACGCGAGUCGUUUUAG